AUGUCCUCUAAAGCUAUCCGUGAAUACGACGCAAAACUGCUGCUUGCCUACUGGCUUGAGCGCGCACCCUCCGUUGACCCGUCCGCACAGCUUGCGACCAAGUUUAUUUUCCCUUCCCCCAAGGUCGCCCAGAUUUCAUGGGACCCAGCGACUAAUUCGAUCACUGCCGACACUCAGCUGCCAAGCUGGGUGUUCACUACAAAACUCGUUGCCAAGCCCGACCAGCUCAUUAAGCGUCGAGGGAAGGCUGGUCUUCUUGCCCUUAACAAGUCCUGGGACGAGGCAAAGGAGUGGAUUCAGGCGCGAGCAGGAAAGCCGCAGAAGGUUGAAUCUGUUACUGGAACGCUCAACAAUUUCAUCGUCGAGCCAUUCCUUCCUCAUCCGUCCAACACCGAAUACUACGUCUGCAUCACUUCUGCCCGUGAGGGCGAUGCGAUCCUCUUCACUCACGAGGGUGGUGUCGACAUUGGCGAUGUCGAUGCGAAGGCCCUGACUCUUCAGAUCCCCGUGAAUGCUCCUUUCCCCUCUCGUCAGGCCAUCGCCGACACCCUCCUCAAGCAUGUACCUGCCGCGAAGAAGGAGACUCUUGUAGACUUCCUUAUUCGCUUGUACUCUGUUUACGUCGACCUUCACUUUGCCUAUCUCGAGAUCAACCCUCUCAUCUGUCUCGAUGGUGUCAACGGUGGAGCGCCUACCAUCCACUACCUUGACAUGGCAGCGAAACUUGACCAGACCGCAGAGUCGAUCUGUGGGCCGAAGUGGGCUCUUGCUCGUGACUUGUCGGUCUACGAAUCUGGCUCACAGGCAAUCACCUCAAAGGGCAAGUCCGUUUCGGCGGACCGUGGACCACCUAUGGUUUGGCCUGCUCCGUUCGGUCGUGAUCUGACAAAGGAGGAAGCGUACAUCCAGAAGCUGGAUGCUUCCACCGGUGCAUCGCUGAAGCUUACUGUCCUCAACGCCGAAGGUCGCAUAUGGACUAUGGUUGCUGGUGGCGGUGCUUCUGUGGUCUACGCGGAUGCUAUCGCCGCUCACGGUUUCGCUCAUGAGCUUGCCAACUACGGCGAGUACUCUGGUGCGCCAACGGAAGGUCAGACAUACGAAUACGCGAAGACCAUCAUCGACCUCAUCACGCGUGGCAAACCACGCUCCGAUGGCAAGAUUCUCAUCAUCGGCGGUGGUAUCGCGAAUUUCACGAACGUUGCUGCGACCUUCAAGGGUAUCAUCCGUGCACUGAAGGAGUACAAGGCGCCCCUUAUUGCCCAUGGUGUGAAAAUCUACGUUCGUCGUGGUGGCCCCAACUACCAGGAAGGACUGAAGGCGAUGCGUCUGCUCGGCGAAUCUCUCGGCGUCCCCAUCAAGGUGUACGGUCCCGACACUCACAUAACCGAGAUUGUCCCUCUCGCUCUUGGUAUUACUGCAAAGGCGAAGAACCCCGUUCACUCCGUCGCUCCCACGCCUGUUGGCCCGCCAUCGCCGAAGUCCAAGGCAGCGGUUGAGCCUGAGGCUGCGAUUGGCACAAUUGGGCCUGACGGUGAACGCACUCAACCCAAUGACCAGAUCGUUCGUUUCGAUAAUCUGCAAGCAGCGUCGUCACGUCCCUCCUUCCGACCUUUCGACGACCGCACUCGUUCAUUCGUCUAUGGUCUACAGCCUCGUGCGAUUCAAGGCAUGCUUGACUUUGACUACUCGUGCGGCCGUGAGACGCCCUCCGUUGCUGCCAUGAUCUACCCCUUCGGUGGCCACCACAUUCAGAAGUUCUAUUGGGGUACCAAGGAGACGCUCUUGCCCGUGUAUACUAGUGUCGAGGACGCAGUGAAGAAGCACCCCGAUGUCGAUGUUGUUGUUAACUUUGCCAGCUCGCGUAGUGUGUACUCGAGCACGUUGGAGAUCUUCAGCUUCCCUCAGAUCAAGAGCAUCGCGUUGAUUGCAGAGGGUGUUCCUGAGCGUCAUGCACGGGAGAUCUUGCACUUGGCUCAAUCCAAGGGCGUUCUGAUUAUUGGUCCUGCAACCGUCGGUGGUAUCAAGCCUGGCUGCUUCAGGAUUGGCAACUCCGGAGGUAUGAUGGACAACAUUAUUGCGUCUAAGCUCUACCGUGCAGGCUCUGUGGGCUAUGUUUCCAAGUCUGGCGGCAUGUCAAACGAGCUGAACAACAUCCUCUCCCUCGUCACCAAUGGUACAUACGAGGGCAUCGCCAUUGGUGGCGACCGCUACCCUGGCUCGACCUUCAUUGACCACUUGCUCCGCUACGAACAAGACCCCGAGUGUAAGAUGCUCGUUCUUCUCGGCGAGGUCGGCGGUAUCGAGGAGUACCGCGUGAUCGAUGCCGUCAAGAAGGGUAUCAUUCGCAAACCGAUUGUCGCAUGGGCGAUUGGUACCUGCGCGAAGAUGUUCACGACAGAGGUGCAGUUCGGACACGCCGGAUCGAUGGCAAACUCGGACAUGGAGACGGCGGACGCGAAGAACAAGGCCAUGCGCGCCGCGGGCUUCAUCGUGCCGGAUACCUUCGAGGACCUGCCUGCUGUUCUCAAGGAGACGUACGAGCGCCUCGUCUCUGUUGGUACUAUCAAGCCCCAGGCCGAGCGAGAGCCUCCUGUCAUUCCGAUGGAUUACAAGUGGGCGCAAGAGCUUGGCCUUAUCCGGAAGCCGGCGGCGUUCAUCUCCACGAUCUCGGAUGAACGUGGCCAGGAGUUGCUGUAUGCCGGCAUGCGCAUCUCAGAUGUGUUCAAGGAGGAUAUCGGCAUGGGCGGUGUGGUCAGUCUGUUGUGGUUCAAGCGCCGCCUACCACCAUGGGCAACCAAAUUCAUCGAGAUGGUGCUCAUGCUUACUGCUGAUCACGGUCCUGCCGUGUCUGGUGCUAUGAACACAAUUGUGGCAACUCGCGCAGGCAAAGACUUGAUCUCGUCGUUAGCUUCUGGUCUGCUUACCAUUGGUAGCCGCUUCGGUGGUGCCCUGGAUGAGGCCGCGUCUAUGUUCUCGGGCGCCCGGGAUACUGGACUUACGCCCCGAGAGUUCGUUGACACCUGCAGGAAGCAGAACAAAUUGAUCAGUGGUAUCGGCCACAAGAUCAAGAGCGUAAACAACCCUGAUCUUCGUGUCGAGCUCGUGAAGGAGUAUGUGCGUAAGAACUUCCCGAGCCAUAGCUUGCUCGACUACGCACUUGCUGUGGAGAAGGUAACGACAUCGAAGAAGGACACUCUCAUCCUGAACGUCGAUGGGUGUAUCGCGGUGUGCUUCGUCGAUCUCCUUCGGGAUAGCGGCGCGUUCACUCCGGAGGAGGCGGAUGAAUACAUCAAGAUUGGAACGCUGAACGGGCUGUUUGUCUUGGGUCGCAGCAUCGGAUUCAUUGGUCACCACCUUGACCAGAAGCGUCUGCGUGCGCCGCUGUACCGUCACCCCGCAGACGACAUCUUCAUCAACAUGGCCGACUUGUCACAGCCACGAGUAUUGGGCAAGAUGGCAUGA